AUGUCAACUUUUUCGAUGACGAUGCUUCUCAAACAGCUUCUCGUCGUUUUGAUCAGCUGCCUUCUCGCUCAGGCGGCGGUGCCGAGAACGAAACCGUGUCGGAGCAUCGACGAAUGCCAAUUGAUGGCGUCGAUCAACGAGCUGGAAUACGUCAUAAAUCCGGAGAUGAGCGAACGAUAUCCUCGUCCGGACAACUUCAAAGUGAAGCGCGACUACGACUUUGUGCGUUUCGGCCGAUCGGCACCUAGCAAAAAGGCGUCGUACGACUACAUCCGCUUCGGACGCAAAUGA